AUCAAAUAGUGUACUGUUACACACAAAGACAAGGUUUUCUCCUUAGUCUUUUCCUUCAUCCAUUACAACAAACAAGAAACUACCACAUACAAAUACAUAUUUAACACAAGGUCAAGGUCAUGGUCAGUGGUAACUAGUUAAGGUGAAAAAGUCAACAAAUUUUCAUAGCUUAAUGGCUUUUUUACAUGUACCUGCCAUUGUUGAUUGUGUUAACAUGAACAUGAACUUUCACCUUAUGCCACUGAGAUGCAACUCCAAGAGAACAUUCUGUGUUUCUGCAGUGAAUCUCAACAAUGACAGCAUUAGCAAUAAUGACCCUUUACUCCUUUCAGCAACUACCUCUGCUUUUCUUCGUUCUCAGGAAACUCUAAGGCCAGGCAAACACUACAUCAUAGUUCUUUUUUCUCUCUGUGACACAUUUUAUCAAGCAUUUGGAGUUCACUACCUUGUAUAUUCAUUGUGUGCUCAAGACCCUUUAUUUGUGGACCAGUAUGCUUCAUAUCUUGUCCCUCAAAAUUUUCACAAGGAAAAGGUGCAGGAUUUGAACCCCUAUUGCCUUGCAACUAAGUUCAUUGAUGAUAAAUUGCUUCAUACAGUGAAUCUUAUUGAUGGAGUUAAGCAGGUUGUUUUGUUAACUGAUGGCAUGGAUACGCGGCCGUACAGACUUCGGUGGCCUGCUUCAACCAUAAUAUUCGACAUAUCACCGGAAAGGAUAUUUCAAAUAGCAGCUGAGAAGCUUGAAGGUGACAAUGGUUCAUCAAGUUAUUGUGGUGCUGGGGCUAAGGUUCCCAAAGGUAGCUUACUCUAUCAUAUUCCUUUGGAAUCAUCUGACAUAAAGCAAAAUUUGCAACUUAGAGGAUAUAAUGGUAGUAGGCCAAGUAUAUGGGCAAUGCAGGGGUUUCCUAUGAUGACAUUGGCAAAUUUUGAAGAAGUUUUGUCAAUGUUAAGCAGUUUGGCCAUGGAGGGAAGCUUUUUUCUGGGAGAGUUGCCUACAUUUUUAUCUGAUGCAGAAACAGAAAUUAAGUCCAACACAAAGCAAUGGCUGGAUAAACUCUUCAUGAGCAACGGCUUUCGUGUCGAAAUGAUUAAUCAUAAAGGAGUUUCUGAAAGUUCAAAAGAAGAAUUUGCUUCAGCACAUUACAGUAACAAGCUGUUUGUUGCUGAACAACUACGACUUUCAGAUGAUCAGAUGGAAGCAUGGAGAAGACAAUUCCAAAGGGUAGAGGAUGAAGGAGAUGAAGAAGGCUUUGAAGAGUUAUAGAAGUAAUUAGAUAUAUUUCUCUAGUGUUGGAAGUUUGCAUGCAUAAUUGUAAGUUUAUAAUUUGAUUGAGCAUAUUCAAAUUAUCAACUAUCAAGUGCCAGUUUGCUCAGUGAAUAACCUUCAUUAUGCAAACUUGUAAAAAGAGUCAAUUUGAUUUAAUGUGAUCCUUUGCUAGGCAAAUGAAAAAUGGCAAUUUCCAU